AUGCGGACUGUAAUCCUGCUGGUGAUGAUAUGUAAGUAUCAAAUUAGGCAUAUACAUUUUUCGAGGUAUUUUGAAAUACGAUUAUCUUGAUUUCAGCCCUGUCAUCGGCGCAGAUCCGGACUUCAAGCCAGCUAAAUUGUAAUUUUGAGGGAGAUUGCCGCUGGCAAAAUGCGACUGGUCAACCGGAGCAGAUCGGAUGGACCAUUACCAAUGACAUAAUCCCAGAUGACCGGUUCCCAUUGACGAUGUCAAAGAACGAUGAGGGUUUGUGAAAUAGGCCAAUUUUAAUUUCUGAUGAAAAGACUUUCAAAUUGAUUGCCAAAAAUUUGAUGACAAUAAUUUUUUAGGAAACUCUUUUGCCUACACAUUUGGUCCUCCGGGAAUGCAUCAGAUCGAAUUGGUCAGCGAUAUUGUCGAUUGUCAGUUGGGUGGGGCCAAGUUGUCCUUCUGGUACUACUUCUCCGGUCCCCAAUCUUCCCUGGAUGUGUGUUGUCGAUGGCCUCCGGGAAGUAACGAUCCCUCGCACCGGAAAUGCUUCGAGCCGACGGCUGGACAAGGGCGGGCACAGCAGUGGACUUUCGCCAGUUUGGAACUGCCUCCCAUUUCACAAUCUAUGGAGGUAUAUCUUUGGGGAAUCAAGGGGUUAUUAUUAGGGUGUUAUUAUUAUAAUACAGGGUGGGCCAAAAAAAAUGGACAAAAUUGAAAGUCGGUGUAUCCCGGCACGAAUACCGUAAUCAACGGAAAGGAAAAUAGUUUUAUAAUUGUCAACUAUCCUACUUUAUCACAACUAUUUAAAUUUUUUAUAUACUUUUGUUGAACCGCUGAUACAAGCCAAAAUACUAGACCAGUCCAUAUUCUGACUACGUUUUCCGAAAAUUUUAUGAGUCCAAAAAUCUUCAAUGACCUAAAUCUCUACGACCAGCCCAAAACUGGUGGUUGACUGUUUAUCAGGGUACUAAGGGGAGCCUACAGAAGCAAAAAAGCUGAUAGUAUUCUAUUAAUUUCGCUCCAGCAGUUCUCAACGUGAUCCACAAGAGGUCCAUCUGGAUAAUUCUAGAUUUUUGAGAUAAUUGACAUUCAAGAGUCGCAGGGGAGCCCGGCUCAUGCUAUUGAUAGCAAAAAGUGGUCGCUGUAAGGCAUCUAACAUUGCUUUACAUGGGCCAGCAGUUGAUUUGAUAAUAGCUUGCAUCAGCCGUGCGCAGACCUUAAAAAAUUUCAGCCGGCUAUACCCAGAGACGCUGAUAUUUUUUGAUCAGAAAAUUUUUUCUUUUUUGUUGGCGUUUUUCAACGUGCCGGAUAAUUAUGACGGGAUACUUUUAUAUCAAGGUGAUACGACCCCUUUCUUCCAUUUUAAGUCUGUUUCAUAAAAUUAGGAUGCAGCUAGCCUUCAGAAUCCAUGUAUUAUUGCGAUGACCCAUCAAAAAGUAAAAAAAAAUCGAUUUUUUGCUUGCCAUCUUGCAGAUUGAGUGGUACUGUUGUCAAAAAUGCGCUUAGUAUAUUCAUCGUAGAGUAGUAAACACCAUAUGGGGGUAAUUAGUUCGAAACUGUUCAAUAUUUUUGGCAGAGCAUCGAUUUUCCGAAAGCGCCCAAAUUAAGCUCGAUUUUCCCUGGCCGAGUGUCUAACUUCUGGUCACUGGUUCUUCAUUUUCCGAAAAGCUUGGGCUAAAUCCUUUUAAAGCCUAAGGGGGCAUGUCUCCUAGAUUUGCGUAGACCGCUUGGUAUGUCUUUACAGCGACUCUAAAAAUUUUAGGGGUAAGAACUUUUGAAAUUUUUGCCGCGGGAAUUGGCGCGCUGACCCGGUGACCUUCCUGCAACCGUAUGUUAGAAACUUCUGCAGAUAGGACAAAAAUUCUACAGUAAAUAUGUUACCUUAACACAGUACUUUCAUGCCAUGUAUACGUUUUUUCACAAACUGUUUCAUGGCAGGAAAAAUCGAAGAAAAAUUAAUGUCCAUUUUUUUUGGCCCACCCUGUAUAUUUAAUAUUAAGGUGUCCCGUAAGAAUUGCAAAUUUUUUGGGUCGUCGAUUUGUCCGAAGUCUUAUAAGCUUUGAAACGCAUUACGGAGUAUGUUGGAUAUACUCGUUUGAAGCCCAGAUAAAGAGCUUCUAAAUCGUAUAUGAAAAGGACACAUAAGGUACACCUGCUACCCACACUGCCCCGAUAUUGUACUAGACAUUAAGAAAUAACAUUUCGCAGGAAAAUUCAUUGAAACAUGACCAGAUUUUGUAAAGAUUUAUACCGAAAGCGAUUUUUUCUUUUGGAAAAAUUACUGAUCGCUCGUUCAGGGGCAAUAUUGACUUAUAUUUUGAUUGCAGAUUGUUCUCCGAGCCCGUUAUGAGUCUCCCAAAGAUGUAGUGGCCAUUGAUGACAUAAAAUACGAGGCUAUUUUGUGUGGUAAGUUUUUUUUUGACCUUUACUGCCCUUCCAUCGAGGUGAACAAGUUCUGAAGAUUUAUUUUUUACUCUAUUUCGAAAUUUUUUAUAUUGCACUUGACAUAUAUCACCGAAAAUUUUUUUCCAGAGAGUACUCAUCGUCUGGGGUCUACGUCCGGUGGCGGUGGCGAUAUUGGAGAGCCAAUGGUCCCUCAGAACAUCCUGAGACAACUGCCCACUCAGAAUGGAUUAAAAACUUUGGACAUGCGAGGAGCUUUACUGGCCAGUGAGGGUGUUGAAGGUAAAAUAAUAUCAAAAUCUUUGCUUUUUCAAAAUACCAAUUUUUUUUCUUGGACAAAAAUAAUUUUCAAUGCAUAAUGUUCCUUUUCAGUCCCAAAAUCGCCGUUUAAUUCGGACUUUGACUACGAUUCGGGCAACUCAAAGACAACGAAUGAGGAAUUGCAGAGGAUUCACUCGAUUCCAAGCGAAUCCAACUGCAAUUACAGCUGUAAUUUUGAUGAUAAUGUAAGUUUACGUCUAUUAGACUCUCUUAGAUUUUUCAAGGUGUAUAAUAUUAAAUUGUGUUUUAGAACCUCUGCAACUUCACUAUUCCUUCAGUCAUCGACUUGCCGUCGGUUGGGAUUUGGGAAUUGAGGAAGGAGGCCAUGUAUAACUCGAUUACUGGGAUUAAAGAGGACGUCAGUAAGAGUGAGUGGCGAUUUUUUUGCCGAAAAAUGAUGACUAAUUUGACCAAAAUUGUUGGCAAUUGCAUGGCACUGUGCAAUUUCUCCAUUCUUAAAUUUUUUAUUCAACGCUCAAAUUUUCGAGGUCCAAUUUUUUUAAAAUUUUGCCCACAUACUCUAUGUGGACCACUGAUAACCCCCAAAAAAUUUUAGCUCAAGCUUUGCAAGGGGAGCCGAGAUAUUCAACAAAAAUUUUUGGGCAGUGGCUAUGGGAAAUCGGAUAAUUAAAAAAUUUUUUUUUUUCAAUUUUCCUAUUUGCCCAAACUUUCUCCGAUUUGCAGAAGGCUCCUUCCUGGCCACAGGCCCCAAAUCCACUCCAGAUCAGCAGUACGCGCUGCAGAUCCGGCUGCAUCUGGCCGAGCCCUCCAACCUCCACUUUGCCUACUAUUUGGCCGGGAUUAAGGGUCGGUUACGGGUGUGUCGCGACUUCCCGGCCCUCCAGGAAUGCCCGUUUCAAGUUGACGGGGCCCGAUUGGAGGGCGACGCACGCCAAUGGAAGGACGGGAAAGUGAGACUGGCCGCCGGAGAGCAUACAGUAGGCCUUUCUUGUGUUUGAGGACUGACUCAUUGCAGAUUACAAUCGUGGCCGACAGAUUGGCCAAAAACUAUUUGAUCGGUAUCGACGAGUUCCGAUUUCUCAACGAAAAUGACGCCAGAGAAGUUCAAUGUUGA